GACGUGUCACCGUCCACCGAGGCAUUGUGGGAAGGGAAGUGGAGCCGCUGACGGCAGCUGAUGACAGGCUGUUCAUUUUGGUAGAAUAUCUUCGAUUAAUGUGUAGCUGCGCAAAAGGUAUAUUCAGCGGGAGGCGGCUUCGCUGUGAAGCUGAUGUGGAGGAGCUGUGAAGGAGGUGAACAUAUGCCGGUGUCACCGUGGCUUCCCCUCGUUCAGAGCAGAGAAGUGGAGUACUACCGUGUCAAUGGACCGCGGCGUUUCUGUAUUCUCUUCCAGUGGAGGAAAAUAAAGUAGCAACUGAUUAAUACCCUGCUGUGAAUGGGCGGCGGGGCCACUGCGCUCCCGCAUUCCGUAUCGUGUGAAGUUUCUUGAGGUUUUAUUUCCCGUCGCAGGCGCCGUUAAAGAUGUCGACCAGCAGUCCCGAGGCGGUGAAGAAAUUGCUGGAGAAUAUGCAGACAGACCUGCGGUCUCUCUCCAUGGAGUGCAAGAAGAAAUUCCCUCCAGUCAAAGAGGCUGCAGAGUCUGGCAUUGUGAAGAUUAAGACCAUUGCUGCCCGGAAUACAGACGUACUGACGGCUCUGAAGGAGAACAGCUCAGAGGUCGUGCAGCCUUUCCUAAUGGGCUGCGGCACCAAAGAGCCAAAGAUCACCCAGCUGUGCCUGGCUGCCAUCCAAAGACUCAUGUCCCAUGAGGUGGUGUCUGAGGCAGCGGCCGGGAACAUUAUAAACAUGUUGUGGCAGCUGAUGGAAUAUGGUUUGGAGGAGCUGAAGCUUCUACAGACGGUUCUUGUCCUGCUCACAACCAAUACAGUUGUUCACGAUGAAGUCCUAUCCAAGGCCAUAGUCCUGUGUUUUCGACUUCACUUCACAAAGGACAACAUCACCAACAACACAGCAGCUGCCACAGUCAGACAGGUGGUGACCGUGGUGUUUGAGAGGAUGGUGGCUGAGGACGAACGCUUCAAAGGUAUAGUGGAACAGCCUCCACCUGUCCAGGGGAACACCAACAGGCGCUCAGUCAGUACUUUGAGGCCCAGUGCAAAAGAUGCCUAUAUGCUUUUUCAGGAUCUGUGCCAAUUAGUCAAUGCAGACGCCCCCUACUGGCUGGUGGGAAUGACAGAAAUGACACGGACUUUUGGCCUAGAGCUGCUAGAAUCUGUCCUCAAUGAUUUCCCUGGGGUAUUUCUACAGCAUCAGGAGUUCAGUUUUUUGCUGAAGGAACGGGUUUGUCCGCUUGUUAUCAAACUCUUCUCUCCCAACAUCAAGUUCAGACAAGGCAGCAGCAGCGCUGCCUCACCAGCACCUGUGGAGAAACCUUACUUUCCUAUCUGCAUGAGACUGCUUCGUGUGGUGUCGGUCCUCAUCAAACACUUCUACAGCUUACUAGUGACUGAAUGCGAGAUUUUCUUGUCUCUGUUGGUGAAGUUUUUGGAUGGGGAGAAACCACAGUGGCUCAGGGCAGUAGCUGUGGAAUCAGUCCAUAGGCUUUGUGUACAGCCACAUUUAUUACGGUCGUUCUGUCAGUCAUAUGACAUGAAGCAACACUCAACAAAGGUAUUCAGAGACAUUGUGAAUGCUCUGGGCUCCUUCAUCCAGUCGCUCUUCAUUGUCCCCAAUUCAGGCAUCACUCCUGCUGUCAGUUUGCCUGCUGGUUCUUCAGGCUCGGGUGCUCAGGGCGCAGCACAGGGCGGCCCAGGGACAGGAGGGGUGGGUAGUAAUCUGACCACACAGGCUGCAUUUGAAUACCGCGGUACCUGGAUCCCACUAAUGACUGUUAGUGUUCAGGGCAGUGCCAAGGCCACCUAUCUUGAGAUGCUGGACAAGGUGGAGCCCCCGUCUAUUCCAGAGGGCUAUGCCAUGUCUGUGGCCUUCAGUGCUCUGCUGGACCUGGUCAGGGGCAUCACCUCCAUGAUAGAAAGAGAGCUGUCCAAAGAGGAGGACCUGGCUGCUGAAUUCAGGGAGGGUCACCCAGACCAGGAGUGGCAGCCACAGCCUGGAGCCCACCUGGUGUGGGAAGAGAUGGUCAGUGCCUGUUGGUGUGGUCUGCUGGCAGCGCUGUCACUGCUGCUGGAUGCCAGCACGGAUGAGACGGCGACCGAGAACAUCCUGAAAGCAGAGCUGACCAUGGCCUCCCUGUGUGGUCGUCUAGGGCUGGUGACACCACGAGAUGCCUUCAUCACCGCCAUCUGCAAAGCUUCUUUGCCACCGCACUAUGCUCUGACCGUGCUGAGCAGCAACAGCAUCAACCUCUCCAGCAAAGCCUACUCCAUCCAGGGCCAGUCCGUGCAGAUUAUCAGUCCCUCCAGUGAAUCUCAUCAGCAGGUGGUGGCUGUGGGGCAGCCACUCAGUGCACAGCCCCAAGGCACUGUGGUGCUGACUUCAAAAAACAUCCAGUGUAUGCGAACCCUGUUGAACCUCGCUCACUGCCAUGGAGCUGUGCUGGGCACAUCCUGGCAACUGGUCCUGGCUACUUUACAGCAUUUAGUCUGGAUCCUGGGGCUAAAGCCAGCAGUGGGCGGUGCCCUGAAGCCUGGCCGAGCAGUGGAGGGACCCAGUACAGUGCUGACCACUGCAGUGAUGACGGACCUGCCUGUGAUCGCUAACAUCCUGUCCAGACUCUUUGAGAGUUCCCAGUACCUCGAUGAUGUGUCUCUCCAUCAUCUGAUCAACGCACUGUGCUCACUGUCCCUGGAAGCCAUGGAUAUGGCCAAUGGUAACAACAAGGAGCCAUCUCUCUUUGCAGUGGCCAAGCUCCUGGAGACCGGCCUGGUCAAUAUGGAUCGAAUUGAGAUCCUUUGGAGGCCCUUGACUGGUCAUCUACUUGAGAAGGUCUGCCAACAUCCAAACUCAAGGAUGAGAGAAUGGGGAGCUGAAGCGCUAACAGCACUUAUUAAAGCCGGCCUGGCCUACAACCACGACCCUCCACUUUCCCAGAAUCAGCGUCUGCAGCUUCUGUUGCUCAACCCUUUGAAGGAAUUGUCCAAUGUGCUGCAUGCAGACAUCCGUCAGAAGCAACUGGAAAGUGUCUUACAGAUCCUUCAGAGUCAGGGUGACAGUCUAGGGCCCGGCUGGCCGCUGGUGCUGGGUGUAAUAGGUGCCAUCCGCAAUGACCAAGGCGAGUCGCUGAUCAGAACAGCCUUCCAGUGCCUGCAGUUGGUGGUUACAGAUUUCUUACCCACCAUGCCUUGCACGUGCCUCCAGAUUGUUGUGGAUGUAGCUGGAAGCUUUGGUUUGCAGAACCAAGAACUAAACAUUAGCCUCACAUCCAUUGGCCUUUUGUGGAACAUUUCAGACUACUUCUUCCAAAGAGGGGAAUCUAUCAUACAGGAGUUGGAGAAAGAGGAAGCAGCUCUUCAGAAACAGGCCCAGGAGAAAGGGGAGACUCUGAACAGGCCCUUCCACCCCGCACCUCCUUUCGACUGCCUGUGGCUGUGCCUUUACGCCAAGCUAGGAGAGCUGUGUGUCGACCCACGGCCAGCUGUUAGAAAAAGCGCCGGGCAGACGUUGUUCUCCACCAUUGCUGCUCACGGGACCCUGCUGCAGCAGCCAACAUGGCACAUUGUUGUCUGGAAGGUGCUGUUCCAUCUGUUGAACCGUGUGAGAACGUCGUCCACCACAGCAGACAAGGAGAAGAUUGAAUCUGGCGGGGGCAACAUUCUCAUCCACCACUCGCGUGACACAGCGGAGAAACAGUGGGCAGAGACAUGGGUGCUGACAUUAGCCGGAGUGGCCCGUAUCUUCAACACCAGGAGGUAUCUUCUACAGCAGCUGGGUGAGCAACUCAUCGACAUCGGUGAUUUCUUCGAGGCCUGGGAGGUUCAGCUGAACCACAUUCAAUCUGCUGCUCUAAGCAAAAACAACGAAGUCUCCCUGGCUGCCCUCAAGAGCUUCCAGGAGAUCCUUCAGAUCGUUACACCUGUGAAAGACUCGGACAAAGUGGGUGACGCACUCGCAGCUAUGGGCGUGCCCCCUGUGCUCAUCGACCCCCUCUCAGCAUCUGGCCCAGGCAGACCCCUGGUACGUUCAGACUCUUUAGUGGAGCGGCUGACGCGUUAUAAUGGCGCUGAGCUGCAGAAUCCUCCACCAGGAGAGGAGUCAGCUUUGGAGGACUCGGCGUUGUGGUGGUCAGCGUGGAACACCUGGUACCGAACAGGGACGGACUGCACGAGGCCCCCAAGUGGGCCAACCGAGAAGUUCUCUUUUAUCCCCAGCCAGCCGUUCCUCACGGCGUUGAUCCAGAUUUUUCCAGCACUCUACCAGCACAUCAAGGCCAAAUUUAGCAUGGAUGAACUGAAGAAGCUAGGAGUCAUCCUGCAUGGGGCCGUGUCAGUGCCCAUCAGCAGUGAUGCCUCACCUUUCAUCCUUCCUUCCUACACUGAGGCAGUUCUCACCAGCCUGCAGGAGGCUGUACUCACAGCUUUAGAUGUUCUGCAGAAGGCCAUCUGCGUAGGCCCGGAGAACCUGCAGGUUAUGUACCCGGCCAUCUUUGAACAGCUGCUACUCUUCGUGGAGUUCUCCUGCAAGCCUCCUCAGUACGGCAGGGUGGAAACCAAACACGUGGCCAAUGCCAAAUACAACCAGAUCCAGCUGUUUGCACCGGCCGAGUGGGUUGCCUUAAACUAUGUGCCCUUCGCUGAGCGCUCGCUGGAGGUGCUGGUGGACCUUUACCAUAAAACAGCGUGCCACAAAGCCGUCAUCAAUGAGAAAGUUCUGCAGAACAUUAUCAAGACCUUGAGAAUGCCUCUGGGUCUGAAGUACGCCUGUCCAUCAGAGACCACCUGGAAGCUCGCUGUGUCGUCGCUGCUCAAAGUUUUGUCCAUUGGACUGCCUGUGGCCCGACAGCACGCCUCGUCGGGGAAAUUUGAAACCAUGUGGCCAGAGUUGGCCAACACUUUUGAAGAUUUUCUUUUCACCAAAAGCACACCUCCAGAUAACCUCUCCAUCCAGGAAUUUCAGAAGAAUGAAGCUAUUGACGUAGAGGUAGUCCAACUUAUCAGCACAGAGAUUUUACCUUUUGCCAAUUUCAUCCCCAAAGACUUUGUGGGUCAGAUCAUGACUAUGCUCAACAAAGGUUCUAUUCACUCACAGUCUCCCUCAUUCACAGAGGCUGAGAUCGAUGUGCGGAUGAGGGAGGAGUUCUCCAAGGUAUGUUUUGAGACCCUGUUGCAGUUUUCCUUCAGCAACAAGGUCUCCACCCCACAGGAGGGCUACAUAUCCCGUAUGGCACUUUCAGUACUACUCAAAAGGUCACAGGAUGUUCUACGACGCUACGUGGAAGACGAGAGGUUGAGUGGACGCUGCCCCCUGCCCAGGCAACAAGUGACAGAGAUAAUCUUUGUCCUUAAAGCCAUCAGUACUUUGAUGGACUCUCUCAAAAAGACGCAGCCAGAGAACGUGGACGGCAAUACUUGGGCCCAGGUGAUCGCCCUGUAUCCAACCCUCGUGGAGUGCAUCACAUGUUCCUCCACGGAAGUGAGCUCGGCUCUGAAGGAGGCCCUGGGCCCCUUUAAAGACUUUAUGCAGCCGCCUGUGUCCAGAGUCCAAAAUGGAGAGUCCUGACUGGGCUGGUGCUGAGCUCUGUUUUUUUCAAUAUAAUUAAGAUGAAGAAGAAGAAGAAGUCUUUGAAUGUGUCUUCUUCACCCAUGUGCUUCAGAAGUGCACAGACAUGAAUUUGUCUACGAUGACAUAAAGAUGGGAGGUCUGCUCAGACCCUGUAUACAACCAUGUCCCUCGUUAGUCCUCAUCGUACGCUUCUCAUCAUCAUGCCUUCACCUCUUCCACUUUCAUUCAGACUGGCUCCACACACAGUUAAAACAAUUAAUGAAAAAGAAAAUCAGCUGUUGCCCCUGGAUGUGUGGUGACCUUGAUUAAAAAAAAACACAAAAAAAAACAAACGUGGGGCGGUGUUGGUCUUACAUGCAAAAACUGACCCUUUUGUGACAUUUUCAACAGUGAGGAUUUUAUGCAAGUAAAUAAAUAAAUCUGACUGUAACAUUCCAUGUCACCUCAAGCCAGCCAUCUGAGGAGGGAUGUAUUUGCCUGUAUAAAAAUAAAUGGGACGAUUGUACAAUUA